GUAUUUAUUAACAAUUAACUCGGUUAAUUAUUGCUGUACUUUUAUUAAACGCGCUGUGUUUAUUAGUGUUGCGAAUUUAGCCAUUUUAACGUCAGAACUCGUAGCUAAAUAUUGUUGUGAAUGAUACGUGCUAAUUUAAUGCUUGUAGUUGCGUUAUUUGCUUCUCGCUCGCACUUAUUAGUAAUUUGUGUUGCUGCACUGCUCGCACGAAGUUGUUUCAAGAUUUGGUCACUCUAAAAAUGAAAAUAUCUCUUGUUGGCGUUCGCUUCACAAAUAUAACGGUUCUUGUUCUUGGUCGUCGGUGUACAUACGGUCGGUUUCUAAAUUAUUUUUGUGCAAAUAAGUUAGCACACGACGCUCGACAAUUAUUAAUGAAACACACACACACACGCGCACACAAGCAAACAAAAAACGUGCUGUAUAGUUUUGUGAUUGUUUUGCGGUUUUACUGCAAAUGCACUUGUAACGCGCGUUGCUACGUGAACAAUUUUUAGCGCGACGUUAACGGUGAACUCGCUGCUGGCAAGGUCAACAACGUGCAACUCAAAAAAAGAAAAUGCAGCUUAUAUAAAACGUGUGGGAGUAAACAAUUGAGAGAGCGACACACACACAUACAUUUGCAACAAUUGUGUGUGUGAGAGCGAGACAAAGUGAAUUUGUUUCAGCAGACGAUGUCAUCGAUCUCAGCGCAGGGCGUGGUCGAGCGUGCCUCCGCUGAAUUAUCGAAGCGCAUCAAUGGUUUAGGCUUACGCUCGAAGCAUCAUCAUGGCAACAGCAGCAGCAGCACAGACGGCAGCAACUCGGCCAAUAGCAACUCCAACUCCAGCUCCAAUACGUCCAGCGGCAAGACUUCAGUAAUGGAGCGUGUCACCAAUGCGCUCUGCGGCGGCAGCAGCAGCUCCAACUCCCAAACCAACUCCAACUCCAAUUCAAAUAAUAGCUCAAGCCAAGUGCUGACGCCAGCCACACCUGACAAACCGCUACGUGGCAAUGCUAGCGUGCCGCCUGUUGCCAACACGCACAUUAUAAUGCCUGCCUCCAACUCCAACAACACUUUGCCCGCCGCGCACCACACAGCUGCAAUGCUCAUGCAACAGCAGCAGCAACAGCAGCAGCAGCAACUGCAGGCCAUGGCUGGCUCCACGCUCAUUAACUCAAAUCAUCAUGUGGUGCCUGUGCCGCCUGUUAACAUGCCGCUGGGCGCACCACCCACACCCACAGUCAAGUCCAUAGCCAAGCAAAUGAACAUCACCAUACCCGCGCCAGGUUCACCCACAUUCAGCACCAUGGGCUUGGCCGCUGCACAGAAGAUGAACCAGCACAUGUAUCAGCAGCAAGGCACCAACACCACCGCUCAGGGUUACGCCUCGCAGCUGGCUGCAGCGGUCACCCAGUCCGCGCUGAUAGUUCACAAGCACCCGCCUCACAUACACAACAGCAUCGAAGCGCUGCUGCUCGACGAUCGUUUCCUCAAUCGCUUCUUUCAAUACUUCUCGCCCUACGAGCGGCGCGCGCUCGCCCAGGUGUGCAUCAAGUGGCGCGACAUUCUCUAUCGCAGUCCACGCUACUGGUCCGGCCUGCUGCCCACGCUCCAAUGCCGCGAACUGCGCCUCAUGCCUGCCUGUGAACGUGGCAAGCUCUACAACUCGCUCAUACGUCGUGGAUUUCAUGCGCUGGGCCUGGUGGGUGCAUCCGACGAAGAUGCGCUGGAUGUGGUGCACUCAUUUCCGCUCGCCUCCAAGCAUGUGCAUUCGCUUAGCCUGCGCUGCUCCUCGAUCAGCGAUCGUGGACUGGAAACGCUGCUGGAUCAUUUGCAGAGUCUGUUUGAACUUGAGCUCGCUGGCUGCAACGAGGUGACCGAGGCUGGCCUUUGGGCCUGCCUAACGCCACGCAUUGUGUCCUUAUCGCUGGCGGACUGCAUCAACAUUGCAGAUGAAGCUGUGGGCGCCGUAGCACAAUUGCUGCCAUCACUCUACGAGUUUUCACUGCAGGCUUAUCAUGUGACAGAUGCUGCCUUGGGUUACUUUUCACCAAAACAAAGUCACAGCUUGAGCAUAUUACGCUUACAGUCAUGCUGGGAAUUAACCAAUCAUGGCAUUGUUAAUAUAGUGCACUCUUUGCCGCAUCUAACGGUACUCAGCUUGUCCGGCUGCAGCAAACUAACCGACGAUGGCGUCGAGCUGAUUGCCGAGAAUCUGCAAAAGCUGCGUGCCCUCGACCUGUCCUGGUGUCCGCGCAUCACGGACGCCUCGCUCGAGUAUAUAGCCUGUGAUCUGAACCAGCUGGAGGAACUGACGUUGGACAGAUGCGUGCAUAUAACCGAUAUCGGUGUGGGCUAUAUAUCUACCAUGCUCUCAUUGACGGCGCUCUUUCUGCGCUGGUGCUCUCAAGUGCGAGACUUUGGACUGCAGCAUCUGUGCUCUAUGCGUAAUCUACAAGUGUUAUCCCUCGCCGGUUGUCCACUGCUCACCUCAUCUGGACUCUCUAGUCUUAUACAGCUGCGUCAUCUGCAGGAGCUGGAGCUAACUAAUUGUCCAGGCGCCUCGCAGGAACUCUUCGAUUACUUGAAGGAACAUUUGCCGCGCUGCUUGAUAAUCGAAUAAUGGAUGCCAUAGAAAUCAUUUAAACUAUGUUUUUCAAACUAUUUAAACUAUAAGUUAUAUCUCUUUAUGCGUUCUAGUCAGAGAGUUCCUUUAGUUUGUGUUUUCUUCUUUUUGUUUCUACUGUGAUUUCAAAAACACUUGAACUAAGUUUAGUAUAUAAAGCAAAUCCUCGACAAAGUUAUUUAUUUACAACAUGCAGUACAAUACAUAAAUUA